AUGCAGCCAGCCACCGUUAGACAAACCAAUAACUCGAUCCACCCACCCGAACCACAAAAAUCAGACGCGACUACUUCUCCCGACCAACUUAAUGCAAUUCUACAGUCCGUGCGCCAACAGAUUGAAAAGUGGGGAGAACAUGCAAAAUGGAAAAUCGAUCUUGUACUCUUAGACGAUCCAACUUGUAAACCAAACAAUCUAAAUGCAGCAGUACCAGUAUCAUCAUUAAAUCCAUCAUUACUACCAGGGGGACAGUCAAUGCUAGGAGCAUCUGCACCGUCCAUGAUCCAAACACAAGAGCACGCCCAAGCCCAAGCCCAAGCUCAUGCUCAUGCCCAUGCCCAUGCACAAGCACAAGCACAAGCACAAGCACAAUUACAAGCACAAAUGCACGCAGCACGGUCUACCUUGUCACCAGCUGUCAAUCAGGAUCAUGCAAUGCAUUCUCCGCAGCAGCACCAGCAGCACCAACAGCCUUUUGCCCGGUCACACGCUGAGCUAUUUGGAAUUCCGUCUGUGAGCGGAGAUCAUCCAUAUUCACCCAGGACGCAUCCACGGUCUUUUCUCACCACAGAUCCACAAACAGAGCCAAUAUCUAUCCCAUCAACCCUUCAAUAUCCAUGCGAGUAUGCCACUCCAUUUCCAAACGACACAUGGAACAGAAUGGGUUCAACAGAAGAACUACGUCGUGAGCUCAAGGAUAGUUUAGAUCGACAGAGAUACCUCGAGGCCAUUAUCCAGUCUCAGGCAGCCCAGCUACAACAACAGUCCCAAGCUGGCUCAGUAGACGAAAAUGAGCAGCGACUUCGUUAUCUUGCCGAGGUUAGAAUGUCACACAAAGAUACCGAGGCUCUAGCCAGAAAACUCAAAAGAUUGAGUGGAACACUACAGAGAAUCGAGACGAUGGAAGUAUCAGCCGAGGAUUCUAAAUUGGAUAAAGAAACACUGUUAAAAGAGCGUGUGGUUUUUCGGCGCAAACUUCAUCUGGCCCAUCUACGGCUUUCGGCACGAGACGCAGAGUUGGACUACCUACACGAAGCUUUGGAAUCUUACCAAAACCAUCACUACCAGUACCAGUACCAACAUCAGAACCAGUACCAGCACCAGCACCAGCACCAGAAUCAUAAUCAUAAUCAGAGCCACAACCAUCACUUUUCUGAAGCAUUUCAACCACCUUCGAUCGUCGUUCGUUCACCGACUUUUGGAAAACAACGGCGCAAAGGCCCACCAUACCUUUUCCAGCAACAAUACUCACCAAAGAUGCGUAGUGAUAUACGGCCCCAUACCUUAUCAGCUUUGGAUAGCUUGGGAAUUGUGGCUGACCAAAUGCUGAGUGACCCUGAUUUUAACAAAGAUAAGCCUGACAAACCUAAAGAUGCGAUUCCAAGACAUCUCACAGAAAAUGAAACUGCACCAAAAUCACCGUUGUCCAUGUCAAGCGCAGCAAACGAUCUGGAGGACAAACCGUGCGAAGAUCAAAAAAGAUCAAAGCGUUCAAUUGACCUAGCAAAUACUUUAUUAUCAAUUCCUAACCUCGAGUUUCCAAAAUCAGACAAAGAGCUCAAGCAAGAGGUUAAAAAAUCGAAACAAAAGCAACAAACGGGAGAGCCCGCAUCUAAGAAAGCGCGCCCAGCUUUGUGGACUAAAGAUCAGGAUGAUCUUUUGAGACAAGCAGUAGAUGCUUAUGGUACAGACAGCUGGAAAGAGGUUUCUAGCAAGGUAGGUCGGUCAGCAUACCAAUGCCGUGAAAGAUGGAAAAUUAUUGAGGCAGAUUCCGGAAAAACUGCUGAUACGGCUGCUGCUGGUGCUGGUUCUGGGGCGGCAGAUGCACGGCAAUCACCAUCCAUUGCCGCUCUUUUGGAUUCCAAUGAAGACAUGCAAGCCAGAACCCACAACUCCCCAGCCGUCUCAAAGGCAAGCCCACUCGGAGCAAUACCACCAAGUGGUUUAGCUAUGCGAUGUGCUCCUGACAACACACCACCUACCCAGCAUCAUUAUCACCCCCACGACAAUAACAACUUGUCCGAUCUUCAUCAUCCACAUCUACCUCAAGGACCCUAUAGGCCUCCUUCACCAAUCUCAACUCCAAAACGAUGGGCAACUGGCACGCUGGGACCCCACAAUGCAACAUAG